AUGAUUUCUCAAUUGCUGCCCUGGAUUCCGGAAGAAAUAGACAUUCUUGCUGCCGUUCGCGAUCCGGUUUCGUUUCGAGCACAGAUCCCCGACCCACGCAUUCAGGUGUUGGCCGCCCCCUUUGCGCCGGACAUCAAGGUCACCAGAAAAGAAGCUGUUGGCCUGAAUUACCCGGAUGUCCUGCGAUUUGUCGGCUGGAACGAUAUCAACGUCCUUUCGGCCUAUCUGGAAUGCUGGGAAGUCCUGCUUCGGGAGGUCAAUGCCGACAUUCUUCUUGCCCAGGCCGCACCGACCGCACUUCUUGCCGCACGUGUCCUCGACAUUCCAAGGGUCGUGAUCGGUGGUGGGUAUGAUCUGCCGCCAAGAGCCACACCAAUGCCGGCCUUCAUGCACUGGGAGCCGAGCGACCGGGAAGAGUUGCUGAGACGCGAGGCCGCUGUCUUGACCGUUGCAAACGCCGCUCUGAAGCAGCGGGGGCAUUCCGGCCUUGCGACAUUUCGCGAACUGCUGGACACGGACGGUUAUGUGUUGGUCACUGUUCCCGAACUCGAUCACUACGGUGAUCGCGCCGCAAUAGAACCGGACCACACCCCCUAUCUGGGGCCUGUUGCCGGCCUUCCAUUCGGCGAGGAGGUCGCCUGGCGACCGGAUGCGGAGUACCGCAUCUUUGCGUAUCUCCGUCCGGGCAAUCCGAGGUUCGAAACCGCAAUCAAGGCACUUGCGUCCCUGCCGGCAAAGACGGAUAUCGUGCUGGCGGCACCGGGCGCUCCCGCCAACCUGCCGGACCGCCUCAAGAGCACAUCGCUGCGCCUCUUUACAGGUCCUGUGAACGUGGAACCGUUACUGGCCAGCUGCAAUCUUGGCAUCAGCCAUGCCUCUGCGAACAUGGCGGCCAAUUUCGCCAUACACGGUGUGCCUCAGAUCGGAUUGCCGAACCACACGGAACAGACGAUGAUGGCUCAUUCGUUCUCACGAAGCCAUCUGGGCUUGGGACUGGUCGGAAAAGCCUCUCCGGACCAGUUGAUCGGCGCCAUUGAUCUGGUGCGCUCGUCUGAGAAAGUUGCCAAGGCAGCUGAAGAGUUUUCUGUCAGGUGGACGGCCAAUGAUGCCAUUCGCACUGGCCGGCACGCCGCUGAGCAGGUCACUUCUUUGCUUUAG